UAAAGGAGCCCGGUGUUCCAUACAACAAGAUGGAUUUCUGGACAUCAUCACCAUCCUCACGAACACUACUACAACCGCAUCUUCUUAAAGCACAAUACAUCCUGAUCCACUUGACUAUAACUUCAAAUAACAUUGGAACCCUUUCUUCAACAACCAGUCCAACCUCAUACUUCACUCCACCAAAAUGUUCGCCCAGAACCUGAUCACCAUCCUUGCCGCCGCGGCUGCCGUCACCGCUCUGCCAACCGCGACUACGACCUCGAGCCCGGACAAGACAACGGCUCUCACAGGUGUCACCCACUCCGUCGUCGCCGGCCGUGGGGGCGCCCUCCUCUUCGACCCUGAAAACGUCGUCGCCGAGAUCGGGGACAUCGUCGAGUGGCACUUCCUUCCCAAGAACCACUCUGUUGCCCAGUCGUCCUUCGGCCAGCCCUGCGUCCCGGACGCCUCCCUCGCCCAGCCCUUCUUCAGCGGCUUCCAGCCCACCGCGGGGCCCCAGGCCCCCGACGUCUUCCAGAUCGUCGUCAAGGACAAGACUCCCAUCUGGUACUACUGUGCCCAGACCACGGGCAACCACUGCCAGAAUGGCAUGACUGGUGUCAUCAACCAGAACUUUGACGGUCCCAACACUCUCGCCGCCCACAAGGCUCUCGCUGCCAAGACGGGCACCUCGGUCGUUCCCCCGGUGGUUCAGGGCGGUGCUGUCAUUCCCAACCCAAACCCCAACGGCGGCUUCUAAUCCGACCAACGCGAAUGGUAGAAUGGGGUCGUUCGUUUUACUAGCGGUCAUUCUGUGCAUUUAUGGAAGCGCGGGACCUGGAUGUAUUCCAAGUUUUUCCAAGGCAAUUCGGGGGAAGUUAGACGGCAUUCAAUUUCUACACCUGCACAUUUUUGAGACUUAUUAGAAUUAUACCAAUACACUUGAAAUCUUUGGAAAA